GGCUGAAAGUUUAGAGAGCUCUGUGCAUAACUUCACAUCACAACAGCAAGUGCGUGUUCCCUUGUGUCCCGUCCCCCCCCCCCAGUCUCCCUCCCCUUCUUUCUUUUUCUGCUCCUAAAACGCCUCCUUCAAGACUGCAGCUGGGCAGGACUCCAAAGGUGCAGCAGCAGCAACAAACCGGAGUUCAAAGUUAGCAGUAAAUUGCACAACUUCCAGCUCAUCGCUACGCUCGGUGACUAUUAACAAGCUGGAAGGCGCUCAGGGAAAAAUAUAGGGGAGAAGGGAACACCCUCGAAUUGUUUGGGGAUCGCCGAUGUUAUGCUUCUGCCGCUGGGAUCAUGGCUCCCUUUGGAAGGAAUUUAUUAAAAACUCGGCAUAAAAACAGAUCUCCCAGCAAAGACAUGGCUUCAAAUGAACGAGAGAUUGUGGUGUGGGUUUGCCAAGAAGAGAAGAUUGUAUGUGGCCUGACAAAGCGCACAACAUGCGCAGAAGUGAUUCAGGCUCUGCUUGAGGAACAUCAAGCAACAUUUGGGGAGAAAAAAGUCCUCUUUGGAAAACCUAGUGAUUACUGUAUUGUAGAAAAAUGGAGAGGCUCCGAGCGAGUCCUUCCUCCUUUGACAAAGAUUCUGAGACUUUGGAAAGCUUGGGGAGAAGAGCAGCCCAAUUUGCACUUCGUGUUGGUAAAGUCCGAUGCUUUCCUUUCAUUUCCAUUGUGGAAAACAGCUGAAGCUAAGGUAGUACAAAAUAUAGAAAAGCAGUGGGAACUCAGCCCAGCAAAUUACAUGAAGAUGUUGCCCAUUGACAAGCAAAAGAAAAUUGUUAGGAAGACUUUCCGGAAACUUGCCAAACUUAAACAGGACAGUGUUCAGCAAGACAGAGAUAAUAUGGAGACACUGAUUCAUUUAAUCAUAUCUCAAGAUCAUACCAUUCAUCAGCAAGUCCUUAGAAUGAAGGAACUUGAUAUGGAAAUCGAAAAAUGUGAAGCAAAAUUUCACUUAGACCGCGUUGCCAACGAUGGAGAAAAUUAUGUGCAGGACUCAUAUUUAAUGAUCAAUCCAAGUGAGGCUGAGCAGCAAGGGAGUAGGGCAGAUGAUCAAAAAGAGAUGCAUGAUUAUUUCAGCAAAAGUGAGGGAAUUUUACAGGUUGAAGAGAGACUAAAACAUCACAAACAAUUAAUAGAGAAGCUGUGUGCUGAAAUAGAAAAAGAGGUACAUGGUAUAUGCUCAGAAAAUGAAGAUGUUGUUCAUACAGAAGGAGCUACUAACACUCAGCUGGAAAAUUCAGAUUUGGACAAUGUAAAGUAUGAGCUGGAAAAAAGUAUGAAAGAUGGUCUCAGAAUCAAUUCAUACCUGAGCUGCAUUCAGAAAGAACUUACCUACAGAGACUCACUGCUUCAAAAGAAGGAAAAAGAAUAUGAACUUCUUACAGAAGAAUUUAAUUUACUACAUGUUAAAGACAACAUUGAAGUGAGGCUUCCAUCAAAUGAGGAGCCACCUAAAGGCAGUGGCAUCUCCAGUAACAGCACUGCAGUUCCUGAUUUUGUUCACAGAGUGACUAAUUUGGACAUAAACGAUACCGACUCUGACACUGGAAUUAGCUCUACACACAGUCAGGACUCCGAAAUAACUUCUGGGGACAUGGUACUGUUAUCAACAUAGUUGAAAACA